AUGUCCGCUGCUGAAGUUGAUUCGAUGGAAACAGAUUCUGCAAGUGAGGGCAAGAGUGAAAGUCCUCCAAAAAGAUCAGACAAUCUUUGCUGUUAUUCUCUGAAGGAAUGUAAUGAAGAAAAGCUGAAAGGGUUUGACUUUUGUCAUAAGCAUAUUUUGGAAGACAAGGCCAGUCCAUUUAAGCCAUGUGACUUUGUUUCAAAGAGCAGUGGAAAGAAAUGCACCAAUCCUGCUGGAAAACUUCCUGCAGGACAAAAGUCGUACUGCCUUAUUCAUACUCGUGAUUCAGAACUGAGAAAAGCUCUGGAAUCAAAAACUAAGAAAAAGAAAGGGAAAAUCAGUGUUAGUCAACAGGAAAAACAAGAUAAACCAACAAGACCUGGACCAGGAAGACCUCCGGGAGUAAAGAACAAUUCCAAAAGACCAAAAAUUGACAUCGCAGUCACAUCCAAUAUAAAAAAUGAAUAUCGACGAGAUGAUGUUUUACGAGUUGAUAGUUCUUGGCACGGUGAUUAUGAAAGUGACUCGGAAUCUCUUGACAACGAUAUGGAUGAUCCUCUCAGACAUGCUGGUGUAUGGACUGCUGAGGAAGCGACGAAGAUGUGCCGCGAUAAAUUGUUAAGAUUAAGAUCUCUUUAUAUGUCGCAGUUUGAAAGAUUAAAACAUGUUUAUAAAAACAAGAAGAGGAAAUUCCUUAUGUCCAUGAGCGCGAAUAAUGAAGGUACACCAGCAAAGCGUCCAAGCCUACCUAAACCAAGUGGGUCACUUACAGCAUUACAUAUCGCCAGUAGAGGGUACAAUAGGAGAUAUAGAACAGACGCUUUGCUACAAAAACGAAGUAAAGAGAAACGCUAUGGUGUAACUACUCGGAAUCAAAUCUUACCCCAGUUUCGUUGCUCUCAUUAUACAGACGGGAACAGAUGUACCUCAAGAAUCAUUCCUUUUGCUGUGUACUGUUUAAAACGUAUCCUUGAUGGAGUAUCGAUGAUAAUGUCUGCUUUCGAGUGA